AGGCAGUGCUGGACUGCUAUAAAAGGCAGCCCAUGUCUCUGCUCUCUCAUCCACUUCUCUCACCUUCUCCUCAGGAAUCAGGUGCACCUGUGACCCCGAGUCAUGUCCUGCUGCCCACCCUCCUGCAACCCUUGCUGCCAGCCCUGCGGCCCCUGCCCGCUGGCCAACAGCUGCAAUGAGUGCUGUGUCCGCCAGUGCCAGAGCUCCCACGUGGCCAUCCAGCCCUCACCGGUGCUGGUGACCCUGCCUGGCCCCGUCCUUCAGUCCUUCCCUCAGAACACCGUGGUGGGAUCUUCCACUUCUGCUGCUGUUGGCAACAUCCUCAGCUGUGGUGGAGUGCCCAUCARCUCUGGGGGCUUUGACCUCUCCUGCAUCACCAACUGCUAUGGUGGAAGAUGUUGUCCUCCCUGCUAAAUCUGCUGGCAACAGCCUUGGGCAAGAACCUGCAAGACCUCAGAACCUGAAUCUGGCCAGAAGAUAGAUCUUUGGGRCACUGUAAUUAGAAUUUCAAGCCGUUGUCCCCUUCUUGUCCUCUGUUUUCUCUCUUUCUUUUUCUGUCUGUGUCUCCCCAGACCAACCUGGGAGCACCUGUUGCCUUCCCUCCCUCUUUAGGGUGUGCAGAUGGACACCCUGCAAAAGCUCCACUGCGUCUCAGUGGGUCUUCCAGGUGCUCUCUGCGAGCCACCUCCUUUUCUUCUUUAAGCUUAAUAAAAUUGUGUUGCAACCAA